AUGGCAAUUGGUCCUCUCAGCCAUGCAGAGAUAUGCGCCAAGUUCGACCGGCUGGUGUCUGACGGGAUCAUCGCUUAUCAACCCAGCAAACCCGUUCUUGUUGCCGACCAGGGAAUGAUCUUCUGCUUCCACAUAGUCCAGACCCUGAAAAACAAGCCACAGGCGGAUGAUGCCGUCCAAGUAGUGCAUUCAAGUGUGGACCCUCAUUCGGGAACUUUUGGCCCCGGCAGCGACAUAGCAAGGGAUCACCCCGAUGUCUGCAUCACAAUCGUCAACGAAACUCACUAUCUUGUGAUGAACAAGUUUCCAGUCUUCCGCCCCAUGCUUCUCUUGCUGACUGUCGACUCUUAUCGGAGACAACACGAGUCGCUUGAUCGCGAAGACAUCGCUGCCGGGUGGCGUAUGAUCUGUGAGAUGAAAGAGGAACACUAUGUAUUCUUUAACUGUACUGUCCUGGCUGGGUCAAGCCGGUCGCAUAAACAUCUGCAGGUGGUCCCUGCGCCCGGGGCUCACGAAGGAUACGGGGAAGGGUUCCAAUUCUUCCCAGAUUAUGAUUCGAUGCCGGAAGAAGGCCCACCUGGCUUUGUUUAUUUCCUGCACAGAUUCAAGAACCGGGUGUUAUCGGAUGGUCGUGUUCAAGAUAGUGAGUAUGUGCUAGAGACAUAUUUGCGGCUGUUGCACCAGGCUCGGGAAAAGCUGCAUGUGCAAGACGGUGAUAUCUGCCCACAUAAUUUUGUUCUGACCAAGCGAUGGAUGAUGGUCAUUCCCAGAAAGGCAAAAGUAUUUCAUGGGAUUACGGCCAACUCCGCGGCAAUGGUUGGCUCGGUUUACCUGGAGAGUGAACAACAACUAGACGCAUGGAAAGAGGUUGGUCCGAUGAAGGUUCUAGCUAGCCUUGGACUGCCCAGACAGCAAUAA